AUGCCUGAUUGGGGACCGGUUUUUGUCGCGGUGGCGCUUUUUGUGUUGCUAACUCCGGGAGUGUUGAUUCAGAUUCCAGGGAAAAACAGAGUGGUUGAGUUUGGAACGUUUCAGACAAGUGGUCUUUCCGUUAUAGUUCAUACGCUCAUCUACUUCACGCUUGUUUGUAUUCUCUUGCUCGCUAUUCAAAUUCACAUUUGUUACUUUUACACGACAACAAUGACGGAUUGGGCUCCGGUUAUCGUCGGCGUCAUCUUGUUCGUGAUUCUCUCGCCGGGUCUUCUCUUCUCGUUGCCCGGAAACAACCGAGCGGUAGACUUCGGUAACCUCAAAACCAACGGAAAAGCCAUAGCUGUUCACACUCUCAUCUUCUUCGCCAUCUACUCCAUUUUGAUCAUCGCCGUCAAUCUCCACAUCUACACCGGUUGA